UAUAUGGAGAAACAGAAUCAUACUGCAGUGACCAAGGUGACUGAAUUUAUUCUCAUGGGGAUCACUGACAACCCUGGGCUGCAGGCACCUCUCCUUGGAGUCUUCCUCAUCAUAUACUUAGUCACAGUGGUGGGUAAUCUGGGCAUGAUUUUCUUGACCCAUUUGGACUCCAAGCUACAUACUCCCAUGUACUUCUUCCUUAGACAUUUGUCAAUUACUGAUCUUGGUUACUCCACUGUGAUUAGCCCAAAAAUGAUGGCAAACUUUGUGGUGAACAAAAAUACAAUUUCCUACAAUUGGUGUGCUGCUCAGCUGGCGUUCUUUGAGAUUUUCAUCAUCACUGAACUGUUUAUUCUGUCAGCAAUGGCCUAUGAUCGCUAUGUAGCAAUCUGCAAACCUCUACUCUAUGUGGUCAUCAUGGCAGAGAAAGUGUGUUGGGGGCUUGUAAUAACUCCUUAUCUCUACAGUAUAUUUGAGUCACUAUUUCUCACAAUUAAGUUAUUUAACUUGUCUUUCUGUGGAUCUAACAUCAUCAAUUACUUUUACUGUGACUGCCUCCCUCUGACAUCCAUGCUCUGUUCUGACACACAUGAAUUAGAAUUGAUCAUUUUGAUCUUUUCAGGCUGUAAUUUGCUUUCUUCCCUCUUGAUUGUUCUUGUGUCUUACAUGUUUAUCCUUGUGGCCAUUCUCAGAAUGAACUCAACUGAAGGGAGGUACAAAGCCUUCUCAACCUGUAGCUCCCAUCUGACAGUUGUGGUUGUAUUCUACGGAACAUUAUUGUUUAUUUACCUGCAACCCAAAUCCAGCCAUGCUUUUGAUAAUGAUAAAAUGGCCUCUGUGUUUUACACCCUAGUGAUCCCUAUGCUGAAUCCAUUGAUUUACAGCCUAAGAAACAAAGAAGUAAAAGAUGCCCUGAAGAGAACUUUAACUAAUCGAUGCAAAAUUCCCAAUUAA